AUGAUUGACAUCGCAGACCUCAUACCGGAGCGAGGAGGUGACCCGAAGAAGGUCAAGGAGAGCCAGAGGAGGCGGUUCGCCUCUGAAGAACUCGUCGACGAAGUCGUGGCCUUGUAUGAGGAUGCUCGCCGGACACGAUAUGAGGCUACCCAGGUCGGGUCGAAGAUCAAUGCCGUACAGAAGGAGAUUGGCAUGAAGAAGCGGAAUAAAGAAGACGCGUCUGACCUCCUUCAGCAGAAGGCGACGCUAGAGGAAGAGAAGAAAGCGAUUGAAGAUCGGGCGGUGCAGUGCGAACAGCUUCGUGAUCGCCGCCUCAAGACGAUCGGAAACUACGUCGAUGACUCUGUCCCGAUAGACAACAACGAAGACAACAACGUCGUUGUCCGCACCUGGGCACCGCCAGACACCAAGGUCGAGAAGAGAGACUGUCUCUCCCACCAUGAAGUGCUGUACCGUCUGGACGGAUACGAUCCGGAGCGAGGCGUGAAGAUCGUGGGACACAGAGGGUACUGCCUCACCGGGUACGGACUGUUCCUUAACCUUGCGCUGGUCAACUAUGGGCUUGAGUUCCUGUUCAAUAAGGGAUACAAACCUAACCAGCCACCGCACUUCAUGUUGAGGAACUAUAUGGCCAAGACGGCGCAGCUGGAGCAGUUCGACGAGGAGCUGUACAAGGUGACUGAGAGCGAGGAUCCGAGCACGGACAAGUAUUUGAUCGCUACCUCUGAACAGCCGUUGUCGGCCCUGCAUGAUGGCGAGUGGAUCUUGGAAAAGGAGCUUCCCAUAAACACCUGCUACCGAAAGGAGGCCGGUGCCCACGGUAAAGACGCAUGGGGAAUCUUCCGUGUCCAUCAGUUCGAGAAGAUCGAGCAAUUCUUGAUAACGAAACCGGAGGAGUCGUGGAAAGCCUUUGACGAGAUGAUCGAUACUUCCGAGGAGUUCUAUAAAUCCCUCAAGAUCCCGUACCAGGUCAUCGCCAUUGUCUCGGGAGCGCUGAACAACGCGGCAUCCAAGAAGCUGGAUCUGGAAGCCUGGUUCCCGUUCCAGGGCGAGUACAAGGAGCUCGUCUCCUGCUCGAACUGCACCGACUACCAGACCCGCGAGCUGGACAUCCGAUUCGGAUCGAAGAAGCUGACCGACGUCAAGAAGAACUACUGCCACGCCCUGAACGCCACGCUCUGUGCCACCGAGCGAGCCCUGUGCUGUAUCCUAGAGAACUACCAGCAGGAAGACGGUAUCGUUGUCCCGGAGGCCCUGCGCAAGUACAUCCCCGGCAACCCAGAGUUCCUACCGUACGUCAGGGAGCUGCCCAAGGACACCACCUCGCAGAAGGUCAAGGCCAAGGGAGGCAAAGGCGACGCAGCAAAGGCAGACCUGGCCAAGGGCGUCGAAAACAUGAAGGUCUAG